AUGAGCCAGAGCAGGCAGUCAGCUGCUACUUGGAUCGCAUUUGGCAGCAUCGUCAAGAGGACGUUGACGACGACAACCCCAAUUCGAAGCUCUCCUCUGUCGUCGCAGUGCAAGCUUCCGCACCACCAAAGCCUCACAUCCACCUCGAGAAAUCCCGCCCGCAAGAUCCCUCGCAACCACUUCACUUCCAACCGAGUCGUACGGCAGGAGAACAAGACUGUCAACGAGAGUGAGAAAUCGACUUCGAAAGCGCUCCCAAAGCGCAACGCUGCCAGCAAACGCGCCACAUCAAACUCUCUCCGAAAAGUCGCGAUUGAGGCGCAACGAUCGAGAGGCUUGAUCAAGAAGAGUGGAAAGACACGUUAUGUCAACCCUGAGGCAGAUACAAAAGAUGUCACGGGGUACUGUGCGGCGGAGACGUACAACUUGAGCACUGCUCGCCAUGCGCUGCAGCGAGAAGGAUAUGAGACGGACCCUCUGAAAACAGGACUACGCGCACAAGUGCUACAUGCUCAGACGCCCAACUUUGUCGUCAAGGAUGACGAAUCCGGCGAAGAACGACCACAAGGUGUAGGCGAUGUCUUCGUCUUCCCCUCAGGAUGCGUCGUCACAUGGAACGUACCCCAAAAAGUAGCCCACACCAUCGUCGAGAGAGUCCUCGUCACCGCAGCCGGCUCCGACAGCCAUCCUGAUAAGAUGGAAAUCGAAGACCUCGAAUACAUCGAAGACCCCUCCCGCGAAACUUCCAAAAUCCUCGGCGAGACCAUCAUCCUCGGCACCAAGCCCAGCGACCACCACUCUCCGGACACCACCACCCUGGAAGACGACUUCUACAAUCGCAGCCCUGAGAUCGACAACAUCCUCGCCAAAAUCGCCUUCUCCUCCGCCCUCGCCCGCAGCACCAAACUCGCCGUCCUCGAAAACGCCCUCUCCCACUACCUCGACACCACCCAGCAUAUCCCAAAAGUCCUCGCUCGCGGAAAAGCGCUCCGCAUCAACCGCCGCCAGAUCCUGCAACGGACGGGAGAACUUCUCGAGAUCCGCUCCCAGCUCAACCUCUACUCUGAAAUCACUGACUCCCUGCCCGACCUCUUCUGGGACUCUCCCCACGAACUUGGGUUAGAGGGGUACUACGAAAUGGUCGGCCGAGCCUUAGAUGUCGGCGUCAGGAUCAAAGUCCUGAACGAGAAGAUGGACUACGCGAGCGAGAUUGCAGCUGUGUUGCGGGAGAGGUUGAGUGAGAAGCAUAGCAGUAUGUUGGAGUGGAUGAUCAUAGGGUUGAUUUGCAUCGAGGUGGGCUUUGGAGUCGUGCACUUGUGGAGGGAGAGCGAGGCGCUGGAGGAUAAGGAUGAUGAGAGGAGAACGAGGGAGUUGUUUGAGGUUUGGUUGGAGAGGGAGCUGAAGAAGGGAAACUGA